AUGAAAUCUUUGCUAUUACCCAAAUUCUUGGCAAUUGGCUUUGUGUUAAUUUGCAGCUUUCAACACAUUUUUAGCACAAGCGAUGAUUUUGCACUCUCCCCUGAUGAAGAAAUGUAUGGUCUUAUCUGGAAUGGUCCAAAACGAGGAGGAGGCACAUUGAGUAAUCGUGAAGGCCACAGAGUGGAGAUAAUUCCACCAGCAUCCAAUGGCCAUCAUGAAAUUACCGAAACAAGUGUGACCAUCCCAAAUGAUUGGGUACAUCAUCCAGAUGAGAGAGAACCCUGGCUUUGGGUGAGGAUUAUAGAGGAGUGUGCACAUCCUUAA